GGGUAUGGAUACAAACCCAUCAAACUCUACCCAUAUCCAUCUAUUUGGAUUUCAUACCCAACCCAAUUGGGUUGGAUAGUAAGAAACCCAUGGGUAUGGGCAAAGUUGCCAUCCCUACACCAAAGGCGAUGAAUUCCUGACCGGGAAACAAAAACCAGCAAUAUCCAAAUCAUGUCGAUGGAAUGCGUCGGCCAGUUUUUUCUGAUGACAGGGGGAAAACACCAGCAAUAUCCAAAUCAUUACAACUUUGUACUUUCUAACUCUUCAAUCUCUAUAAGUCAAUCGUCAUGAACACUUCCCAUUAUAACGAUUCUUAUCCUUCUCGACGGCAAACACACUGAUUGGUCCACUCUUACUCCUUCGUGGCAGCUACAUGACAUUUUGCAUUAGUGCACAUUAAUUCAAACGACCAUUCCUUGAUGCAGUUUAUGGUUUGGGGUAAUAUCACUUCUGUAACACCCCGACAUUUGGGUCUAGGUUCGACCAAACGAUUCGGUUGACGAUUACGUAUGAAGGAUUCAACCGUAGAUUAGAGAUAAUAAUAAUUACUAUUAUUGUUAUUAUUAUUAUUAUCAUCAUCAAAAUCAAUUAAUCAUCACCUGCUCGUAUCCCCACGUUGCCUACAAUUAAAAACCCUACCUUUAUAACGUUUGCUUUCCCUUCACUAUAAAUAUUAAAUUGUAUCCCACCCACCUGUAACAUUCUUAAUAUUAGUUUAUCAUCCCUACCGUAAAUUAGGGGAUUGCUAUUCGUCGCCCUAAAAAAUGUUAUUCGUCGCCCUAACGCUUAAUCAAUUUACCCUAAUGUCCCUAGUUUAUUUUUUUUCUUACAAACACAAACCUUCAACAACAUGCAGACUGCCGGAAACAGAGUAUCAACGGUUGUGGGAGUGGCAGUAGCGGCAGCUGAAAUCCUGUUGGUGGGUGGCUGAGAGUAGAAGCGACGGAUGAGGGUAGUGGGAUCGGCGGGGAGCAAAUUUAUUUUGAUACUUGUUUCAUAAUAAAUUAAAAACAAAAAACUCAAAUCCCAUAACUGCAAAAGAAGAAUGAUAUGCACAGCUGAGCAAUUUUAUGUUUCCCGCAAGGAAAGAAGACAAACGCACACCAUUCCGAACUUCUCUGCACGAAACCAGCAUAGCAACUGUUGCUUCUCCGUCGCUCUCACCACUUUCUCCCUCUGUCGCCAUCGCCGGUCAUCUUGCUUGAUUAUGCUCUCCUCCGUGUUCGUUCAUUCUACAAGAACCGCCCGCCGCGUUUUGAUCGACUUCCUCGGAAUCGGAGGCAAAGAGGAAGCAGUUCCAUGGCUCUGUGUAGGCGGUUGUUUAGGAUUUAGGUUAGAAAUGGAGAUUAAGGGUAAAUGUGUCAAUUUAGUGUGAUUUAGGGCGAUAAAAUUUAAAUUUUAGGGCGACAAAUAGCAAUUCAGGUAAAUUAACCCUAGGAAGCAGAGAUAGCGGAAUCAAAUAAAGGUAGGAAAAAAAAAAGAAAAAAAAAAGAAAUAGGAACACCAAUACCCACGAGGGAAACCGAAUAGCAGGAGCCGCCAUCAAGUUGUUCUCCUGUUCCAUCGUACGCCAUCGUCGUCACUCCAAUCGCAAGACCACGCCUCCAACACCAAUCGUUAAACUCCCCUCUUCGCACUCUGGUAAGGACCUCGAGCUCGAUCUCCCCUGAUCCGAAUCAGUCGUUGGAAACUAACUCAGGUCCGUGUUCGUGAACAAUGGUCAACGACAAGGUCUCGUCGGACGAAAAAUACGUCGGCGGCACCGGGUGGUUGACUUCAACCAAGCUUUCAUGGCUUGGCCUAGAACGUUAGGGAGGUAAGAAAUCCAUCUAUGGAGUCAGAAUCGUCAAUGAAAGUCUGUAGAUACCUCGUCAGAACUUCGCCGGAGCUUCGUCGGCGUGUCACCAAAAUCUGGAAAUUUUCGAAGUUCAAAGAAACUUCAAAAUGUGGAUACGGUUGCAUAGGGGGAGAUCUCAAGAGCGUCACAGUGUCAACGAAAUCGAAUUCGAACGUCGGAUGAGUGAGAACCGAGUAGUUUGGAAAAUAAUAUGUCAAAGUUCAGGUACCAUUCUCGUUAUUUCGAAAAGAUAUGGGAUUGAUUUCAUAAUUUUCCAGAAGGGUCAGGGUCAAUGGUGUUGACUUUGAAAAUUACGGAUUAGGUACCUAGUGUUUUGGAAUAUGACAUAAUUCGUAUUUUGGUCAUAUCUUGUUCGUUUGAUGUCCAAACAAGGAACUGUCGGCGUCAACAUGAUCGUGGAGGCGAGGAGAAUUUAAUGGAAGCGAUUCAUGGAAUUUUGGAGCAGAAACAGAGGCAGUUUAGACGAUUUUGAGGUGAGUGUAAAGGUGGUAAAAUCUUUGUCGUAGGUCUUUUAGUUUUCGCUUUUCGUUCAAGUUAUUAUUUAGUUAAUUUUUCAAGUAUGCGCGAUAUGUGUGUGAGGCAUCCCACCGCCUGUAAGGGUGGAGGCACGCAUUGUGCUUUGUAUGGAUGUAUGUGAUGUUGUAGGGUUGAUGGUAUGAGGAACCCCCAGGCGGUUGGGUCACUACUGGACGAUGAGACGUAAAGCAGUAGUUGACGGGCAUGGAUUGGACGGCGAGACGUAACGCAGUGCCAUUGCCGAGUUUGGGUAUGCAACUGGACGACGAGACGUAACGCGGUUGGCAUACUAGGGUAGGACACUGGACGGUGAGACGUAACGCGGUGGUCCUAGUGUUUUGUGUUUGAGUUAAGGAUAGAAGUCGAGAACUUCUAUGAGUUAAGGUUGAAAUAAGUUGUUAAGGAAUAAAGUAAUAAGGAUAGAAGUAAAUAACUUCUAUGAGAUAAGAUAGGAGUAGAGAUAUCUUAUAGGCUGUUUGAUAACAAAGUAUAAAGGAUGAAAGCGAGAACGACUUUUCCAAGUCAAGAACCCAAAUAACGUGUUUUAGUAAGGAUGAUUAUUUAAAGAGCAGAAAGCGAGAAUGGAUUUCGUGCUAGGAAGGAGACUCUAAUAACGUGUUAGCAAGGAGUUUGCUUAGGGCAAAGACCUUAGGAAGUAACGACGAGACUGACCCCUUCUCACUCACCAGGUUGAGGAUAGUCUAGCAGAAGUGGAUCACGAGAAGGAGCAGGGCGAGGCGAGCAGCAGUACCAGCGUCGUCGAGAUAUCGGAAAGCUCGUGAGGAGUCAAGUUAGAUUAGUUAAUUUUUCUGUUUCAUGGUUAUUAGUAUAAACUGGAGAUUCUGUGUUAAGUCGUUUUAAGUGUUUGAGAUUGAGAAUUUUGCCCAAGUGUUGGGGCUUUUCGUUAAAAAUUCUUAAAAGAUGUCAGUUUGUUUAUUUUAAAAUGUGGUUGGGUUGCUCCGGAGUAACCGGUUUUUGGUUUGAGUUAUGGUUGGUUUUUGAAAAGAGACGGGACGUGUCAACUUCAGUCGUAAUAUAAAUUUACAUGAAAUGAAAGGAAUGAUCAUAAUAAUAGCCUUGUAAAAUUUAGAGUACCAAUGGCGAUUCCUCUCUUCUUCUCAGUGACUUCGUCAAUAAAACAAGAUUGAUGACUAUCUCUACCAAUGCAUUCUUUAUGAUCAUAGUACGACCUUUUGUAUAAAACAUUCCUGCCUUACCCAUUUUCGCAUCGCAACUCCAAGAGCUAACUUGAGGGAACUCUCCUCUUAGUAAACAACUUAUAUCAACAUCAGGCAUGAAUACAAAAAUUGCUUUGGUUGAGAUACUCUGAAGAAGGUAAACCGUUUCUCAGGCAUUGUCAACUCCCAAUCAAAUUGACGUAGGUCAUUGCUCUCUUGUCAUCUAAAUUAAAGAGGAAGCUCGAGUUAGCCUCUUUUAUAGCUUAACUUGACAAUUUCUUAGAGGAUAUACAAUCACGAUUCAAAAUUCUAGAACAACCACAAUUUUGUAGAUGUGCAUGUGCAAAUUAAGAAAAAUAUAAGGAUUAA